AGAGCAGAGCAAAGCAUAGCAUAGCAUACACGACACCUCACUCACUCAUCAUCAUCUAGCUAAUUUAGUUUGAAAGGGAGGAAAGCUAGCCCCCGAUCAAGCCAUGGACGCCAUCUCGUGCCUGGCGCCGCCGGCCGCGCUCCUGGCCACUUCCUUCGCCGACGCCGCCAUCGCGCGCGCGCUCCACUUCUCCAUGUCCUCCGACUCCGCCUCCUCCCUCUCCGCGCCCGCGCCGCCGACGCUCGCCGCCGCCCACCCGGCUGCCUACGCCCCGCACCUCACCAUCUGCGACUCCGUGCUCGUCGCCGAAUCGCCGCGCCGCAACCAUCACCACCAGCAGUUGGCGCCGGCCGGGGGCCGCGCGGGGAAGCGGCGGUCGCGGGCGUCCAAGCGCGCCCCCACCACGUACAUCAGCACCGACCCCGCCAACUUCCGGAUCAUGGUGCAGCAGAUCACCGGCGUGCAGGCGGAGCCGGGCGAGGUCGACAUGCUGCUGGCAGCGGACGCCAGCGCCGCCGGAGCGUACGGGAACCAGCAGCUGCUGCCGAGCGCGGCGCCCGGCGGAGACGAGGCGGAGUCGGCAGCGCUUCAUCAGCAGUUCCAGCAGCCGUGCUUCCCGACGCUGGACUCGUGGAACGUCAUGUACGAGAGGAGCGACCUGCUCUGAGCCUCUAUCGGAUGAUUGCUCAAUGCAUGGCCGCCGCCGGCCGCGCGCUUAGCUUGAUGAUUAAUUAAUUUAGGACGCACUGCAGAUGGAGCUGCCUGAUAUAUAUCGAGCUGUUGCAGCAGCUACUAGCAUAGCAUGUAUACUAGGCACCAGCAUGGCAUGGCUUUCGAUCUCGCUAUGCAGACGCAUGAUCGAUGUGUUGUACUGUACAGCAUGCACCUGCCAUCCGUGUUCUUCGUACUUGAUCUCAGCUGCAUGUUGUACUGCCUGUAUGCUCUGAAUGAUGAACUGCUAAGCUAGCUUUCACAUAGUCAUCUAUCACAGCAUUUUAUUUGAUGA